AUAGAGGAAGAGAGAGAAAGCAGCAAAGAGUUCAGCUGCGGCUACUGAUGAGAAAGGAUAGAAAGACUGAAAUCCAGAAAGAGAGAGAGAAAUAAAGGAGGAGACGAGGGUGAAGGGAAAGUGCUUUGACUGCUUGAAGUGCCAGUGACACACACCAGGACCUGAGGAGGAACGUGUUCCAUGGACGGCAGCCGUCGGCUGAGGAGGCAGACGAGAAGGAGCGAAGAAGGGGAAGGGGAUGAGGAGAGCUCUCUCUCUUUCUCUCUCUGGAAAGAAGGGAGACUGGCCUUCACGACAACUGAUCCUUUCUCCACCUCCGUCUGCCGAACUGAAUCACAGGGAACGAAAGAGAAAGCCCCUCAGACACUCUCACACCCACACUAGUACACUAAGAAUCCUUCCCCCCAUCCACACACACAGUUUUGACUGAGCCGUCAUGGGGACAGUGAGCGAACUUUGCGCAUCCAGUUUCCAAGCGUUCCUGCAUCCUGCGGUGAAGGAUCCGCCUCCUCCAGUGCCAGAUGACCUCACCCCUGAGGAGCAGCAUGAGCUGGAAAACAUCCGCCGACGCAAGCAAGAGCUGCUGGAAGACAUUCAGCGUCUGAAGAAUGAGAUAGCAGAAGUGACCAGUGAGAUCGAGAACCUGGGUUCCACAGAGGAGAGGAAAAACAUGCAGAGGAACAAACAAGUGGCCAUGGGCCGAAAGAAAUUCAACAUGGACCCUAAAAAGGGGAUUAAGUUCCUGAUUGAGAACGACCUGCUUAAGCACACCAGCUCUGACAUCGCCCAGUUCCUGUACAAGGGGGAGGGGCUAAACAAGACCGCCAUCGGAGACUACCUUGGGGAGAGAGAUGAGUUCAACCUCCAGGUCCUCCAUGACUUUGUGGAGCUCCAUGAAUUCACCGACUUGAACCUGGUCCAGGCCCUGAGACAGUUCCUGUGGAGCUUCCGGCUGCCUGGCGAGGCCCAGAAGAUCGACCGCAUGAUGGAGGCUUUCGCCCAGAGAUACUGCCAGUGUAACCCUGGCGUCUUCCAGUCCACAGACACCUGUUACAUCCUGUCGUUUGCCAUCAUCAUGCUGAACACCAGCCUCCACAACCCCAACGUGAAGGACAAGCCGGCCGUGGAGCGUUUCAUCUCCAUGAACAGAGGAAUCAACGAUGGAGGAGACCUUCCAGAGGACCUGCUCAGGAACCUGUAUGACAGCAUCAAGAACGAGCCCUUCAAAAUCCCUGAGGACGAUGGGAACGAUCUCACACACACCUUCUUUAACCCAGACCGGGAGGGCUGGCUGCUUAAACUGGGGGGACGCGUCAAGACCUGGAAGAGAAGAUGGUUCAUUCUCACGGACAACUGUCUGUAUUACUUUGAGUAUACCACUGACAAAGAGCCCAGAGGGAUCAUUCCACUGGAGAACCUCAGCAUCCGAGAGGUUGAGGACAAGAAGCCUAACUGCUUUGAACUCUUCAUCCCAGAGAACAAGGACCAGGUGAUCAAGGCCUGUAAGACGGAGGCGGACGGCAGAGUGGUGGAGGGGAACCACACCUUCUACAGGAUCUCUGCUCCCACCACGGAGGAGAAGGAUGAGUGGAUGAACAGCAUCAAAGCUGCCAUCAGCAGGGAUCCCUUCUAUGAGAUGCUGGCCACCCGCAAGAAGAAGGUCUCCUCCAUGAAGAGACACUAGAGCUGCUCAGGACUCCUCCUCUUCCCCCCGUUGAGAGAGUUUGGACCCAUCCUGCUGAGACCCUGAGACUUGUGUUUUCAGGCCUGGGGAUGGGGUUGGGGAAGGGGCUGCAGACUGGGGGUUGGGGCAGGGGCUGCAGACUCGGGGUUGGGGCCUCUUGCCUCGGUCAGCAUUUCUCUGGGAUAGGCUCUAGCUUUGGGAUUCCACAGACCGACCAACAGGACAGGGUGCAUGCUGUCCUGCCUCCCCCUCCUCCUCUUCCCCCUGCUCCUGUCUCUGUGGCUGAAUGCUCUCCGUCUCUCUCUAAACUCUUUGCUGUGUGUAUUUUGGGAGGAAGGGGUCUAUCGCUUUCUGGGUAAAAUGGAUCCCCUCCCUCAAAAAGACAUGUGCACACACACACACUAAUGUCGUACACUGAAGUCAUACACACACACACACACACACACACAAAACACACACACCUCAUCUAAACUCAGCAGGUCUGAUGGAGUUGUUGUGGCAUCCCAACCAAAAUAUUCUUACUAGCUUUCAAAAGGAAAGGUGAGAUGCUUUUCUGUAUACGUUAAUAUGAUGGGCAACGUGUGUUUGUAGAGCUUACUACUGUAUAUAUUUCCCUCAGAAUCUUGAGCUUUUGGGUUUCAGUUGUAGUUUUUGAUAACGUUUUUAGAAAGACUGAGGGGGAAUGGGUUAUAUUGCCAACCGACAAUUUUUUUGAAACGAGAAUAAACUUUUUUGAAGUCUUUCUGUCAAAGUUGCCUCUCAGGAGAUUGUUACUUGGCUCUGGAUCGGUCUGUAUCAGGAUAAACCUAGACUCUGUCCAAACUGUCACUCAGUAACUGAAGGAAGAGUUCAUUUACAAUGAGUUUUUAAAAUGAACAUAAUUAAAUGAGCAUGUUUGCCAUUACAUUUGCCUGUUUAUAUGCACAUAAUCUGUGACAAUAAUUGAGCUUUGACAGCUAUAUUCCUCCAUAGCUGUUUGCCCCUGACUCUUUGUUGUUCAUAUGUAUCCCCAGUUGUUUGACAGCAGUUUAGACGUGCUAACUGAAAACACACUCCGAAACACGGUUGUUAAACACAGUGUCGUGUUCAUUAGGCACCGAAACGGAAGAACGGGGACGGAAAAAGGUGGGGACUAACUUGACUUGUCCAAUAAGAUGUGUUCAUUUUCGUUUUCUGUUGUGUGCACUAAUGUACACUUCCCUGAUGAGUGGUUUGCACAUGGUCUUAGUGUGGGAUUAUGGGCGAGGGCUCAGCUAUCGCACUUCAUUUCCUGUUGGACUUGGAGGUCCAUUCAGGGGACUAGAGAGUCUGUCAGCGGGAGUGUCUGUGUAUCUGUCAGUCAGUACGGGCCACAACUCAGGGGCUCACAGAGAUUUGAUGUGUCUGGAAAUUGAGGUAUUGUCCUCAUCUGCCCUGUCCCUUUAUUCUGUCCUCUUUUCUCUUCACUUCUCUCUUUCCUUGUCUUUCACGCAUCUCUCUUUUUCCUCAUAUUCUCCUCUCUCUUUCUCUCGCUCACUCUCUGUAAAUGUAACAUACACACAAGAUAAUUGAACAAUAAUCACAUUUGAUGGUGUACAACUGACUAGGUAUCCCCCUUUCCCAGUAUCCUAUUUCCUAUUCAUUGUCUACCUGACACUCCCAAUGAAAUGUGUCCUAUCAUGCUGCUGGUUAGCUAAUUCACGAAGAUGCUCUUUCUAAGUGGAGCUGGUUAUUUUUACCUCUUAAAUGCAACAAAGAUGCCCUCACCUAUCUUUUUAUCCUAUAGGAGUACUCUUAAAUGUCCUUCCUCAUUUGCAGACACAGUAUAAAAUGCUAGAACAAUCCAGGUUUCACCUUCUUCAACCCACACUCACCAUCCUAAAGCAUUGGAAUAGCUAUCUCACUUAUUUCAGAUAACUGUUGCAUCCUUUACUGUACUAGGAAUACAGUAAUAAUACCUGUAAGACAAACAACGACUAGGAAUACAGUAAUAAUACCUGUAAGACAAACAACGCCUAGGAAUACAGUAAUAAUACCUGUAAGACAAACAACGCCUAGGAAUACAGUAAUAAUACCUGUAAGACAAACAACGCCUAGGAAUACAGUAAUAAUACCUGUAAGACAAACAACGCCUAGAAAUACAGUAAUAAUACCUGUAAGACAAACAACGCCUAGGAAUACAGUAAUAAUACCUGUAAGACAAACAACGCCUAGGAAUACAGUAAUAAUACCCGUAAGACAAACAACGACUAGAAAUACAGUAAUAAUACCCGUAAGACAAACCAAGCCUGGGCAGUGGACUGUCCGUUCCUAGAGUUGGAACACCCUGGAAUGUUUGGAUUGGAUUUGAGACAAAACACAGCUGUUGAUCAGGAAUGUACCACUAUGCUCCAUAGGGGUGAACUACUCUGAUCAGGAAUGUACCACUAUGUUCCAUAGGGGUGAACUACUCUGAUCAGGAAUGUACCACUAUGCUCCAUAGGGGUGAACUACACUGAUCAGGAAUGUACCACUAUGCUCCAUAGUGGUGGAACUACUCUGAUCAGGAAUGUACCACUUUGCUCCAUAGUGGUGGAACUACUCUGAUCAGGAAUGUACCACUAUGCUCCAUAGUGGUGGAACUACUCUGAUCAGGAAUGUACCACUAUGCUCCAUAGUGGUGAACUACUCUGAUCAGGAAAGUACCACUAUGCUCCAUAGUGGUGGAACUACUCUGAUCAGGAAUGUACCACUAUGCUCCAUAGUGGUGAACUACUCUGAUCAGGAAUGUACCACUAUGCUCCAUAGUGGUGAACUACUCUGAUCAGGAAUGUACCACUAUGCUCCAUAGUGGUGAACUACACUGAUCAGGAAUGUACCACUAUGCUCCAUAGUGGUGGAACUACUCUGAUCAGGAAUGUACCACUUUGCUCCAUAGUGGUGGAACUACUCUGAUCAGGAAUGUACCACUAUGCUCCAUAGUGGUGGAACUACUCUGAUCAGGAAUGUACCACUAUGCUCCAUAGUGGUGAACUACUCUGAUCAGGAAAGUACCACUAUGCUCCAUAGUGGUGGAACUACUCUGAUCAGGAAUGUACCACUAUGCUCCAUAGUGGUGAACUACUCUGAUCAGGAAUGUACCACUAUGCUCCAUAGUGGUGAACUACUCUGAUCAGGAAUGUACCACUAUGCUCCAUAGUGGUGAACUACUCUGAUCAGGAAUGUACCACUAUGCUCCAUAGUGGUGAACUACUCUCCCAGUGCAAGACCUCUUAAGUUAGCUUUGGUCUACAUGAUGUGUUUUUAAAGUGGAAUCAUACAUGGCAUCACAAUUGCAUCCAGCAAAUGCAGCUUUAUUUGUGCGUAAAACCUUCUCUACUCUGUGAUCAGUGCCUGGCUGUCUGUUAUUCAUGUUUUUCCUCAUUUAUGGAGGCACAUUCAUGCCAAAAAUAAAGAAGCAUUGAUAUUGACAAAUUAUUCAUCAGUAUUAGUUUUAUUUCAAUAUUUGUUUUGUGCCAAGAAUCUGCUUCCAUAGCACAUAGCCCUGUUUCCCUGAUUAGUUUCUCCUAGCCUCGUCUCAGCAGACUGCUUAUAGAGAUGACCAGGAAACAGCUAAUAAAACAAUCAGAAAUCUAGACAGAAUUUGGUUACUGGUUAUUUAUCAAGGUUGUAUAUACUUAAAUGUAUAGUGGAUUUAUCAGUUUUUUCAUGUUAUUUUGGAGUUUUAAUGUAGCAAUAUGAUGUUAUUAUUAGCCAUUUUUCUUUUUGUUUCAUAGUGUUUGAUUUGAGGUUUCUAUCAUUGCCAUGUAAUCAAAAGCUGAAAUAAAGUAAAGACUAGCUUGUCACUACGGC